AUGCCUCCAAAAAAGAGCCAAAAGAAAAAGAAGCCCAAGAAAGACAAGCCAAAACUAGGCAGCUCAACUCCUGCUGUUGAAGGUCCUCCAGAGGAGAAUUUAUCCUCGCAACCUGUUUUUUCCGAUGAGUUAGAGGAGCUUAAUUAUUUUCUUUCAAAAGCUGAAAAAUAUGUCAGGAAAACUAGUGAGCCUAGCGUUGAAAUCAUGGAGGUGGCUGGCAAGGGCCGUGGUGUAAUCGCACUAAAAGACAUCAAACAAGGAACAGUUAUCUUGAAGGAUUCCCCUCUCUGCGCCGCUAUUUUCGGAGAAGAGACACAGAAUUUCCGAAAUGGCUCUUUCUGUUGUCCGAAAUGCCGAGACGAACAUGAAGCUGACUUCAACAACAGGCUGCAAUCUCUCAAGGCUAAGCGGAUUCGGGAUGAGCUAAACAAAAUACGGGAGCAGUGCGACGAACCGGCUAAAUUCAUUAAAAUUAUGAAAACAUGCAAAGCCAUUCUUCGCCUCUUACUACUCAAGCGGAACAACGCGGAGAAAUGGCGACGAGUCAGCCAGUUGGACAGUUCAUGCGACAACCGCGAAGUGAUUGAGGACUCAAAGCGGUGGAUGCCGUUUCUGUACAAAAACUUCAAGACGCUGAUUCCCGACCUCCAGCGAGACGAAAUCGAAAACGCAUUCUACUUAGCCUAUGUUAACACUUGGGGAUUCCACAUUCCAGGGCCUGAUCCAAACUCAAAAGGAGUAAUCAACGGCGUCGGCCUUUACUAUGUUGGAUCGAUGUUCAACCAUUCCUGCGACCCAAACACCGCCUUCGUAGCCAGUUGUUUCGACUCUUCGAAGGAACUCGUCGCCAUGCGGGACAUUAAGCAGUUCGAGGAAAUCACAGUUGCAUACAUCAACUGCUGCGGGAAGAGAAAGGAGAGAAGAGCAGAGUUGAAAUUCGGCUGGAACUUUGUCUGCAAAUGUGAAAGAUGCGAGGAAGAAGGUAAAAACGACCAAGAGAUCAUCAAAAAAUACGAAAAGAGCUACGAAGAUCAACUGCAACUGGCCACGUUGACAGAGGAUAACAGCGAGAAGCGAGCCCGUGAACGACGAAGCGCGCUCUUAUUCAAAUCCACCAUUUGA